AAUACUUCCCGGUCUUGGGUAAAGCCUUCCUCCUUGCCUCUUGUAAUGAGCUUUGCAACAAAACAAAACAAAACAAAACAAACAAAAAAAACACAACGUCCCCGAAGCCGUUUCCAGUAUCAGACCUAAGGGUGAACAAUUACAGGCGCCAGCUUUCGCUUUUGCUUCCAAGGCGCUGAGGACCAGCUUGGAGGCUGACCCGGGAGACAAUGAGAGACAGAAGAAGGUGCUAAGGGAAUUCCACUUGGCGGCCCUCCCCUCUUUGGGCCUGGGGUGUGCCAAGCGCAGUGAACCCUCCUCCUCCUGCCUGAGUGCUGAGCCUUUAAAGUCCACUAGGGGCGGGAUGUUAGCGGACCACGGGCACUUGGAGAGGUGAGCGCGACAGCGUGAGACUUGGGACUGGGUUUGGAGUAGAACCUGCAGUGUACUCCGAGACUCCGACUGUCUUCCUCCAGCACGCUCGGGCCAUGCGGGGAAGACGCUGAGCCGGCACUGUACCGGCUCCGACUCCGGGACCGGACAGCGCGGAGCCGCACGGCACAGACCAUGGGCAACUUUCAGCUGGAAGACUUUGUGGCGGGCUGGAUCGGAGGUGCAGCCAGUGUCAUCGUCGGCUAUCCUCUGGACACAGUCAAGACUCGCCUGCAGGCCGGCGUCGGCUAUGGGAACACCCUCAGCUGCAUCCGCAUGGUGUACAGGCGGGAGAGCGUGUUCGGCUUCUUCAAGGGCAUGUCCUUCCCCCUUGCCAGCAUUGCCGUCUACAACUCGGUGGUGUUCGGGGUCUUCAGUAACACGCAGAGGUUCCUCAGUCAGCACCGCUGCAGGGAGCCCGAGGCCAGCCCUCCCCGCACCCUGUCGGACCUGCUCCUGGCCAGCAUGGUGGCUGGUGUGGUCUCUGUCGGGCUGGGUGGGCCUGUGGACCUUAUCAAGAUCCGGUUGCAGAUGCAAACACAGCCGUUUCAGGAAGCCAACCUCGGUUUGAAGCCCAGGGUGACUGCUCUUGGGGAGCAGCCAGCAUACCAGGGACCCGUGCACUGCAUUGCAACCAUCGUGAAGAAUGAGGGCCUGGCGGGGCUCUACCGCGGGGCCAGUGCCAUGCUGCUGAGGGACGUCCCUGGCUAUUGCCUCUACUUUAUACCCUACAUAUUUCUGAGUGAGUGGAUUACGCCUGAGGCCUGCACAGCACCCAGCCCCUGCGCCGUGUGGCUGGCGGGCGGCAUGGCAGGUGUUUUUCAGAGGCAUCACAGUGAACGCGGUGCGGGGCUUCCCCAUGAGCGCAGCCAUGUUCCUGGGGUACGAGCUGUCGCUGCAAGCCAUCCGCGGGGACCAGGCGGUGACGAGCCCUUGAGUGCCAGGCUGAUGCUGAGGACAGCUCCAAGCCCGGCGGUAGUGCACUUACUGAAGAGAAAGGUGACUCCUCGUCCCAGCGGACUCUGCACUCGGUGGGCCUCCGCGGACUGCGCUGACCUCCAGGCCCUUCCUCCACAAUUCAGCACUCUGCUCCUCACUCCUGCCCGGGCCACCACGCUGCUGUUUUGGGAGGAAGCAACGGGCCAUUGGCACACGGAUGGCCCCCUAUUGCAGCUCAAGAUUAGCCCCUGGUACCAGGCAGGGCCAAAUGGACCCCGUUCCAGGACCAUUAUAAACACACCGGGAACUCACCAGGAGCAGGAGCAGGAACUGGCUCUGCAUUCCAAAUAAAAGCAUUGCAAAGUU